CUCUCGCUGUCGUCAAACCGUUACGAAAGGGUUGCAUGAGGCAGCAUGUCCUACAGGUCCUCAUUGUUUUUGUAGGGUACGUUUAUUUUGUGUACAAAACCAACAGAUUUAGUCGAAAUUGUAGAGUAAUUGUUGUGACCUGCGGGAAUUUUCUACGAGGAGAAAGACGAAGCCCUUCGUGGUCCUUAAGCGGUUUGCAAGGACUUAUCUUGUGUUUCAAACGUUAGCCGAGGCCGAGCAGUUAGCUAACGUUACACUUCAACAAGGUUUGCUGGAAAACUUUCGGAUCAGAUGACACGGUCUCCCCACUGGUAAGUGUCCACUGGAAAAACAAAACCAAGCUUCAAAAUGACAGCUCAGGAUGGAGAGGGAUGGGGAGGCAUGAACCUGUCACCUCACCUGCACACAGACGAGUGUAAUGAACUGAUAAGUCGUCUGAGGCAGUGCCACACAGAGCACAAUGUCAUGAAGUUCUUUGGCACGUGUAACGAUGUGGACCGUGCGAUGCGUGUCUGCCUGAAGAAAGAGAGACUGGAGAAGAGAGAACGCAGCAAGCAACAUGCACAAGAGAUGAGAAAGAGGCUGAAAGAAGGGCUCAAAGAGGAGCUCUAAAAGAUAUUUCACUGCAGCUUUGCCACUGGCACUGCGAGUAUUCAGAUAAUGGGACUUUGAAUUAAGCAUGACACUGUGUAACAGGCCUCCCCUGCUGCUUUUAUACCAAGACAGAGGAAGGGUGAAACUUCUGUCUCCUUAAAAAUCCAGAGAAGUGUUGAUUAUAUUACCAUUGGCAGGUCUAAGUAUCAUGUGCUUUUAGAAGUAGAAGUAUAUUCUGAUAUGAGUUAAGAUAAAAAUUAGUAAGAGGCAAGAUCAUUUCAGUGUUGGGAUCAUAUACCAGCAGUGAUAUGAUUAAAAUGCAAAGAUUAAUCCUAUAUUUAUUGUGUUGUGAACCCCCCAAACACACUUUGGACUUUUAUCAUCUGCACAGGCUAAAACGUGCAGUGUUGCCAGAAUGUUUUAGGUCAACAUAAAAACAACACUUUGGAUUCAAGAUUGCUGGACGGGAUCAUCAUUUAUUUCUCCCUCUGUCAGCAGCACUCUGCAGCUCCAUCAAAGAGAUUAGUGGAGCUGGUGGCAGAACCCUUUCAUCAAACCAUUAUUUAAGUUGUCAGGACACUUCCGGAACAGCAUCAUGUUUUAUUCAUGAAAACGGGGAGCGUUAAUUUCAGACCAUCAGAGAUGCGUGUGAAGAAGACCCAAAACAGGAUGACUCUGGUUUUACUCCCAAUGUGAACACACACCCCUAAAUAUACAUACUGAACACACUCGUUGUUGAAAAGUUUAUUUGAAUGGGAAUCAUAUUGAUUCGUUGCAAGUUUGACUGAUUUCAAAUAAAGUGAAAGUCAUUUAAUGUAAGAAUCCAUGCUUUGGUAUAUAUGUGUCAUUUUAAAACAAAGAAUCAGUUGGAUCGCAGAUCUUGAAACGACCUUAAAGCAUUUAAAUGUGUUUCCUUAAAAGAAACAUUAGAAGAAUGGUUACAAAAUGUUGUAAAAUUGUCAGAUGUAUUGAUACUUUUUGGAUAUUGCGUGUUUAAAAUUAUAAAAUCUCUAUUAAUGAUAGUAUCAAAAGUGUCAAAGCUAUAUUAAAAAAAAACUUUAUCAGAUUUUAAACCCAGGGCUACACAGAUAAAACGAUGGGGAAUAAAUUAACUGGUCCUCAGUCUGUGGCUGGAUAGUGGCUUGAGAAACUUAAAACAAAAACCAAAUAGUGAAAGUACAGUUUCUUUAUUUGAAGUAGCUCACUCUACCCAUCACAACAUGAAUCCAUUUUUGACAGACAUUUAAUUUGUAAGGCACCCCAAGGUGUGCUUAGAGAGACAAAGUGGGGAGAAAAACAUGAAUGAUGAAACACACAUUCAUGGGAUGGUACAUGUUAUUGUGGUUAUAAAAGAUCAGUCAUUUGCAAUAAAUUAUUAAACAAACAUAAGUAGUUCUUUUUAAGUUUUAAAUUUAAAGUUUUAUAUCAAGCACACUUCAAACAUGCCGAUUUGGGAAUUUGGAUCAAAUGCCUUAAAGAAAACCUAAUAGUUCAAAACAAGUAUAAAGAAAUGCAUUUUAUAUCUCAGGUGACACACAAGAAAUUGUCAUAUUUUACAAGUUAAAAUGAAUGAAUAAAUACACAUCAGACCCAUGUCCUAAAGGAUCAGUGAUUAACACUCAGUGGACCUGAGUGGUUUGUGUUCAGUAGCCACAUUCCACAGGUCCUUCUCAAGAAGCAGGAUAUUAACUGUGACCGCACAAGGAAUCGUCAAAGAAGGACCCAUCCUGUAUAGAAAAAAAAAAUCUACUGACUACUACUGGUAACUUAAGCCUAAUGGAGUCUUUGGUCACAAAACUGCUGUUGUUCUCUGUAGCUGAUUAUAUCUCUGGCUAGUUAGGAUGAAUGGAUGUGUUUUUUGUUUUUAUUUUUCACAAAAGUUAAUUUAUAUUGAUUACUUAAUGACUUUAAUGGCAAAGUGUCAUACAAUUCUUUAUCAAACCAUUAAUUAUUCCCUGCAAUAAAAAAAGAUGAUUACAA